CGAUUGUUGACGAUAGGUUCCUGUUGCCAUCACGUGAGAUGGCACCUGUCCGGUUUCAUUAGAACGUAGUGAUGGCGACGGAGAAAAGACGUGCGGCUGGAGGCUCCCCUGUUCCUCGGCCUACCCCUAGCCCUGCCAGCGAGGCCGACUUUCUAGCUCAGACAGGGGUUCGUGACAUGCUGAGGGAGGCUGUGCUGAAGCUCCUGGAAGCCAGGCCAGAGGAGCCCGUUGCUUUCCUAGCGGAUUACUUCGAGAAGAUGGGGCAGGUGUCGGGAGAUGGGCGAGCGGUGCCUGGGGACCAGGGAUCACACCUGCCGGGGCAGCAGCGUUUCGGGCGUGCCAUGUGGUACCUGAGGCUAGCACAUCACUCACAAAGGACGGCCUUUAACAAUAACCUAAACAUUGCGUAUGAGUGCCUGAGUGCAGGAGGGAAGAAAAGAAUGCCUGGCCUGAACGGGAAGAGUUACGGAGAGUUGCUACGUAGGAUAUGCCGAGAGGGUGACCUUCCUGAGGAAAUAUCAUCCGCACUUCUAAAGAAAAUACAGUGCCGAGACCAUGAGGCUGUACCAUUUGAUGUCUUCCGAUAUGGUGUGCUAACCUGCUUUGUGAUGUUGGAGUUUAUGUGCAAAGCGGAUACUUUAUUCACUAUUUUAGAUGGUCCUAGCCAGGCUGACCAAAGACUUUGCCAUGCCGUGCUGACAACUCUAGAAGAAGCACUGGUUGCUAGUGACCUCUGUGUCCCAGCGAGCUACUUAGAAGCUGGCUCUAAACUGGGACCAGACUGUUUGGCUGUAGUCAUGGAUGGGGCUUUCCGUAAUAAUGAUCCCAGUGUCCACUUGAGUCGUAGGGAAUUUCUAAAGGAAGCAUCUGUCUUGUUCCUCGAUAAGGUGAAACCCGUUCAGUAACUGUCUUUACGAGAAAAGAAAAGGGCUGCAUUGAAUUGACUGACUUUUUUUUAGGAUGGGCCUGCCAUACCACAGAUGUGUUUUUCUCCAAGCUGGCAGGAACAAGACUGCCUCUUCCCACAUGUUUUCUUUGAUGAACAAUGUGGUGCAAAAAAGGUGUUGCCUUAACAUAAUUCUGGCAUGAUACACCAUUUUGCAUAACAAAAACUCAUCUGGCCCCUUUGCCCACAUCCCUGUAUUUAAGUAUAAACUAAUAUUUAUGAACUAUAGACAGAGUGUCAAACGUGUGUACAAAUAAUAAUAAAAUGUGUUUUGUAACAGA